AUGAAAAUCUACGUUUGCCAAAACAGUUGUUGUGAUAAUACUUGUGAACUUGGUGGUCGUUCUGGUAAUGAUCCUCGUGGUGGUAUUGGUACUCUUUUUGGUUUUGGUUAUCCUUUUACUUUUGAUGGUGUUGAUAAUGGUUUUUAUUAUAAUGAUAAUCAGUGUGAAAAAUGUCAUCGUUCCGGUACUGAUUUUCGUCCUGCUUCUGGUAAUGGUCUUGCUACUGUUGCUGCUACUGCUGGUGCUUUUGCUGCUACUUUUCUUGGUCAUCCUGGUGCUGUUGGCUGUACUGGUUUUUUUAAAUAAGUUCGAUUCUAUCGUGUCAAAUUUACAUCUGUGUCUAAGCAUAAUUUUGAUAUGAUAUGUCAACAACAUUUACCAUUCAUUGCUAAUCGAAUUAUUGCACUUGAUCUGUCUGAUCACAGAGACACUCCAGAACAAAUUAGCCUGUUUCUGUCUUAUAUACCAUCACUUAGCCGAUUUACUCAAUUGCGAUCACUGACAUUAUUUGAUCUUCAUUCAUAUGAAUCAUUAUUAAAACUGUUAGAUGAAUGUCGUCAUUUAAAUAAUCUCACGCAUUUAGACAUUCAUUCUUGCACUCUUUCAAAUGAUCAAGUCAAUUCUCAAUUAAUUGUUGACAAUAUUUGGAGUUUACCAAAACUUACUAAUUGCAAUUUGUACAUCAACUUCGAAAAAUAUCACCUUCUUUGUCUACCAACAAUUAUCUCUUUAUCUCUUGAAUCUAUGACUAUAUAUUACGGCCAACUUAAAAUGAAUCAGAUAAACAAAUUAAUUGAAUACACACCUCGUUUAAAACAUCUUCGGACAAAUGUGACUUCAAUUAUUGAUAAUUAUAUACCAUCUCCACUUCCAAUAUUAAUUGAUUUGACCAUUUAUUUUUCUGAUUGUUCUAAUUAUUCGAAAAUAAUUGUGUUCUUACAAAACAUUCCCAAUUUACGUCGCUUAGACAUUAAUAUACCGUCUGAACUGAUUGAUGGUCAUCAAUGGGAAUAUAUCAUUCGUACUUAUUUGCCUAAACUUAAAACAUUUCGACUCAAAAUGUGUAAAAAACUUCCUUUUGACGAGAAUAUACAAGAAUGCAUCGAUAGAUUGAUUGAUUCAUUUCGAAAUAUAUUUUGGAUUAAUGAGCAUCAAUGGUAUGUUCGAUGUUUUGCGUAUAAUAGAAGUAUUCAUCUACAAACUGUAUCUCAAGCGAUUAGUUGGUUUCCUGCUACGCUUUUAGACUUAUGGCGAUCGACAUAUCCACAUGAUAAUCAUGAAACAUUCCAUAAUAACAUUGAUGGGAUUUAUGAUGAGACAUUUUUUGACACACCAAUUCCAUCUCACAUUCGUUUAUCUAACAUUGAAUAUCUUCAUAUAAAAUUUCCUAUUAAUGAUCAAUUUUGGUCGAUUGUUCCAAGUUUAAACCACCUAUACUCGCUUACAAUAUCAUCAUAUGUUGAUACUUUUAAAUCUCAAUUGCAAGAUUUAUUUAAUCGAGCGCCUUAUCUUUACGCACUAACUAUUCGUCAAGAUGCAUCAUUACCUUUACAAAUGUCAUUGUUUACUUGUACGAAUAUAUCCGUUCGCCAUCUCGAUCUUCGCGACUGUAAUCAUUGUUUUAAUCAGGAAGAAUGUAUUACAUUGAGUCAUUCAUCUCUUACUACUCAAUGUGAAGUUCUUUCUAUUGGAGUUAAUAAUCGUGAAAGUAUUAUUAUUCUUGUUACGAAUCUGAUUCAUCUUCGAAUAUUACAUAUUUAUUGGAAUGAUGAAAAUAAUUCUGAACAAUGUCAAUUAACAGAAAAUAAUCAUGAAUGUUCUGGUAAAAGAACACAAAUAUCAGAUGAACUUGUUCAAUGGUUAAAAGAUCGAUUACCAUCAAAGUAUUUGGUCAAUAAUAAUCCAUAUUAUGAUCAUGAUAUUUCAAUAUGGAUUUGA